GAUUAACCAAUAAGAAAAAUCAACCAAUCACAAGUGUUUAAGAUUUUUUUUCCCUAUCUAUUUUUAUAUUGUCAAUUUUUGUAAUAAACUAAAUGAAUGAAUUACAUUUGUCAACAAGAACAGCGACGACGACAACAGCAGCAGGAGCAACGGUGACAGCAACAACAACCUCGUGGAACAUUACUUGUUUGUUUAAAUUAAAAUAACCAUGAACAGAUUAGAUUUAACUUUAAAUUUAGUUAUCAAAUGAAGUCUAUUUUGAUAUUUAUGAAAACAUACAUUUACAAUCCAAUACAUAAAUGUAAUCUUUCUAUUCCAUAUACUUAGUAGUAGUAAUAGUAGUAUUUGUAUUAUUAAUUAAAUAUCAAUAAAGAUCUAACACUUAAUUUGUAUGGAUCAAAUCAUUUGGAUAAUGUGGAUAUCUUUAUUAUUAUACACUGAUGAAAACUAUACUGAUGCUGAUAAACUAAUUCAAUCUUCAUUAACAACAUCAUACAUUAUGAAAAAUGUACAAUAUUCUAUUUAUAAUCAAACAGUUAUACAAGGUGAACAAAUCACUUUACAUUGUAUACCUGACCUGAAUACAAAUUUCAUUAUUUGGUAUUUUACACCAAUGGUUACCAUGGGAAACGAUAAUAGUUUCAAAGGAUUAUCAAUGUCUAAUCGAAAUGAUUCAUCUAUGAAUGAAACGAUUACAGAAACUAUUGAAUUAGCUGUUUGUAAACCAACUGUAACAUGCAAAGAACAAUAUCAUUUGGUUAAUCUACAAGUUCAAUCAAAUGGAAUAUUAACUAUAACAAAUAUACAAUCCUAUCAUAGUGGUAAUUAUCAAUGUGCUAUGUUAGCUGGUGUUAAAACAAUCACAAUGAAUAGAUAUUUAAUUGUUCAAGCUCCUCCGAGUAAACCUUCUAUUACUGUUAACACCCAUAGUACUGCUGAGAAAUUGUUUAAAUUAAGUAAAGAAUCAAAUAAUGACACUUAUAUUAUAGAAGGUGAAUACCUUGAUUUGAUAUGUCAAAGUGAAAAAGGAUUACCUUCACCUGAAAUAGUUUGGUCUUUUCUUGGAGCGGAAAAUACAACAAUAACUUCAAUGAAGUUGGAAGCAUCACAAGAUAUAAAUUACAAUAUACAUGACUCAUUACAGAGAAGUGAAAACACAAGAUCAUCAGUGUAUUUUCCAACAAUUGUUCCUUAUGGAAAUACAUCUAGUCAUUUUCGUUUGAAAGUGUCCCGAUCACAUGAUGGUAUGCGUAUUGUAUGUAAAGCUGUAAAUCGAAUAGGUUCAAGUAUAUCAGAACCAUAUGUAAUCUCUGUAAGAUAUGCCCCAGAAAUUUUACAAUUUCCUGAUGAACCUUGGAUUGUUUUAUAUGAAGAACCAAGUACUACUGUAUGUCAUGCUGUGGGAAAUCCUAAACCAACUAUAUAUUGGAUAGAUCAAUAUGGUAAAAGAAUAUCAAAAACAGAACAAUUAAAUUCAGCUAUCUUGAAUAAAGAAGUCAUAUUCAAUGAUGAAUUAGGAAGAUUUUCUAAAAAUAAUUGGAGAAUUAAUGUUACUUGUUAUGCUAAUAAUCUAAUGGGAAGUAUAGAAAAAUCAUUAAUCAUUGAAUAUUAUUUUGCUCCAAUAAUUAAAACACAUGAUAUUAUCUAUGCUUAUAAUAAUGAAUCUAUUCAACUCACUUGUGAUGCUAUAUCUAAUCCACCACCAAUCAAUAUUUUUUGGUAUCGAAGAUCCAACAAGAUAUCAUCAUCAUCAUCAACAUCAUCAUCAUCCAAAUCAUCAUCAUCUUCAUCAUCACCAUCAUCCCAAUCAUCAUCAUCACCAUCUAAUUUGAUAAAUAUGAACCAUAUUCAUCAUUCUGAUCUAUUUCAAUCAAUCAGUAGUAUAUCUAAAUAUUCAACAAAUUAUAAUCUAACAAAUGAUCAUUUCUAUUGGUUUAGUCCAAUAUUAAAAAUUAAUUCAAUUACAAUAGAUGAUAAUGGUAUUUAUGUAUGUGUAGUUGAAAAUAGAAUUCAAUUAAAAGAUCAGAAAUCAUUUAUAUAUCGUAGAGAAAGUGAAACACGAUUAUUAGUUUAUUAUCCACCUGGCAAGCCAACUAUUCAAAAAAUAUCAAAUCAGCAAAUUGAUGAAAACAUCACUGUAAUAUUACAAUGUAUUCUGAAUGAUAAAUUACCCGGACUUCCAAUUCCAUCAAUCGAAUGGUUAUGGAGUCGAAAAUCAUGUAAAACAACAAUCAAAUCCAAAUCAAACGAAUUAAUGACUCCAAUACCAUAUAAAUCGAAAUUUUCCGAAUAUAAAGAUCAAUUAGUAAUCAAUCUAACGAAUACAUUUAUGGAUGGUUUAUAUUACUGUCUAGUACAAAAUGAUAAUGGUAAUACACUAAGUGAUCCAGUUAGUAUUACUGUACAAGAAGAACCACAAAUAAUUGAACAACCAAAUAUUGAUAAUGUAUUAAAUCCAUCUUUUAAUUCAAUUCAUAAACCAUAUCUUCGUUGUGUUGCUUAUGGUAAACCUGCACCACAAAUUAAUUGGUUUCAUGAUAAUUCCAUUAUUCGUACAACAUCAACUACUAUGAAUUCUAUUACGUUAGGAACCUUAAAUGAUAUUCAUUGUUCAUGGAGAAAAAUUUUAACUACAAUUAAAUGUAUUGAAUUUGAUACUGGUUCAUAUACAUGGGAAACAACAAGUCAAUUAAUAUGGGGCUAUAAUCAAUCAUUUAAUCAUAAUUUAUAUACUGAAUGUCAUUCAUAUCAUUUAAUGAAUGAAGGAAGUUAUACAUGUCAAGCAAUCAAUAAUUUCGGGUAUGAUUAUUCCAACCCGGUACAUAUAAUAUUAAAAUAUCCACCAACUUUAUUACAUCAAUCUAUAAUAAAACAAACAAUCAAUACUAAAAAAAAUUCACAAAAAUCAAUAAAUUUUUUUUCAAAUUCAAUAAUCAAUAAAUUAACUUGUAUAUUUAAAUCAUAUCCAAUACCUAAACAAAUUAUAUGGUAUUAUAUUAAUACAUAUCAAUAUUAUAAUACUAUUUAUAAUAAUUAUUUAAGUAAUAUAUCAUUAUUUAUAAAACAAAAAUUAUGUAAUCAACAUGUAUUACAUCAUCAAUUUAUCAAGAUACUAUCAAUUUAUAAUAAAACUAAUAAUCGAUUUAGUAACCAUGGCAACAAUAAAACAAAUGAUAAUUAUUAUAUUCAAUUACUAACUGGUUAUAAAGCUAAAUUAGCUUUAUUAGAUUAUAUCAAUAUUAAUAUGACAUAUUAUAAUUCAUUAUAUUUAACACAUUUAAUAAUUAAUCAAUUAAAAUCAAUAAAAUUUGGUAUUUAUUUAACAUUAAUUAUUAAUGAUGAAGGUUGUCAACAAUGUAUUAUAUUAUUACAAAAUUAUAGUACACCUGAAACUCCAAAAGAUAUUGAAAUCAAAGAAAUUACAUGGAAUAAAUUAACCCUCAGUUGGAUUCCUGGAUUUGAUGGGGGUUAUGAACAAACUAUUGUUAUUGAAUUUUUAAAAGUUUUUAAUAAAGAUCAAUUAACUCUAGUUAAUAAUCUGCCGAAAUCACUGUUUAUCAAUCAUGUACCAAGAUUACCAAUCUAUCAACAAUGUCAAAUAUCAGGUCUGACACCGAAUACCGUCUACACAUUUGUAAUUUAUGGAAAAAAUUAUUUGGGACAUGGAAAACUAUCUAAAGAAUAUACAAUUACUACUAAAGAAUUUAUCUUCCCAAAAUUAAAUAUCAAUUAUCAUCAUAAUAAUUUAAUUCAUUUAAAUUUUUCACAUAGUAACCAAUCAAAAUUUUAUUGUUUAAAAACUGAAUUUUUUAAAAAAAAUACAAAAAAUUGGUCAACCGCCAUAGAUACAUGUCAAAUACAUCAAAAAAAUCAAUUCUUGUUUACAAAAAAUAAUAAUAAUUCAAAUCAUUUCAAUGUUACCAUAGCAACUAUUCCUUUUAUGAAUAAUAAUGGUGGAAUAAUAAUAGAUAAUCAAUUAAAGUUACUUAAUAAUGAUAUCAAAAUCAAUCAAUCAAUAAUUCAAUAUAAUUUAAGUUUACAACAAAUACAAGCUAAUUCAGAUGAUCCAAAUUCAUUAAAAAUAAUGAAAAUAAUAAAAGAUCAUCGUAAACGAUCUUUGGUAUUACAGAAUUUAACACAAAAUGAUAUCGUUUCAAAUCAAUCCAUUCAUGAUGAUCAUAAUAAUCAUCAUCAAUCAUCUAUUGGUGUUAAAUUUCAUAAAGAUCAUAAUCUUACUUAUCGUAUAUGGAUAUGUUUAAGAAAUCAGACGAGAAUUUGUCAUCAAGAAAAGUUAUUCUUUGAAAAUUCUAUAGUCAACUCAAAUCUUUGGACUGGUAAAAGUAUCUUCAUAUGGAUUACCAUUAUAAUUCUCAUAGUAACACUUUGCAUUUGUAUCAUUUUCAUUAUUCAUUAUAUGAAACGUCAUCAAUCUAACGAUUUACCAUCUGUUUCAUUAAUUCAUGAAAAAGAUAAAUUUUCAAUACAAUCUAAUCAUAAUUUAUUGAUAAAUAUGAACCAAUUAAAUGGAUCAUUACCUCAAUCUAAUCAGAAUAUAUUAACUACAGCAUCUAAUGAAGUUGAUAUGAAAUUAUCCACAUCGAAUUUAACAAUAUCUGAAUCAAAUUAUUCAACUUCAUCAACUAUAUUACCUAUUACUUAUGAUAUAACAACAAAUAAUAAUCAUAUACCUACUAUAUUAUCAUUUCAAUCAGAUAUGCCAAAUUCUAUAAUGAAAUCAUCUACUAUUGAAUUCACACCAACAUUAUAUGAAUAUAAGCCAACAUCAAUUAGUUACUAUCCAAAUUUAAUCAAUAAUCAAUAUAAUAUAACAUCAACAUGUUCUUUAAUUCCAUUACAUAAUAAUAAUAGUAGUAAUAAUAAUACAGACGGUUUAUUAUCUAUACCAAAAUGUAUUGUAGAUACAUCAUCAAUUAUUAUCAUUCCAGCAAAUACUAUUGAUUUUCAAUGUACCAACUAAAUGAGAAAUCUUUAUGUUUAAAUGAAACCCCCCUCCUAUCACCUUUACUUACUUACGUUUUAUACUUCUCGUGAAGGAUCAUAGGCCACCCCCCCCCCACUAUUCUCCAUUCAACGCUGACCUAGGCAAUCCUUCCUAGUUCUUUCUAGAUGAUAUUCAUCCUUUCCAUAUUUGCUUCUAUUUCCCAGUGUUGUGUUCUUUGACCUCCCCCUUUUUUCCGCUUCUCUUCAUGAUUCCAAGUUAGGGCUUACCUCGUGAUGUAGUUUAAUGAUUUCCUUUAAUGUAUAUACGAUCCAUUUAAAACAUCCUCCCCCUACAUUUAUCAAUAUUUAAUUGUAAAUAAAAUUAAUGAUAAAUAAAAAAAGUAACAUUUUCUCAAAAUCGAUCAAUAAUCUGUAUUACAUAAUCAAUUUGAAAAGAAAAAAAUUUUUUUAUUUUUUAUUUAUAACUUAACUAUUUUUAUUAAAAAAAAAUACUAAAAAAAUUUUAUAAAAAAUUUUUUUAAUGAUUUUUUUUGUUUAUUUUUC